ACCCGAGCCGACUCUGGACGCAAACGCCGGCUUCGCAACCUCAACUGGGAGCGGAUCCCCAAAGAGCGUGUGGAGGGCCGUAAGAGCGUCUGGACCGGCUCUCUGGAUGAGGACUGCGAGCUCUCCAUUGACCUGAACUCUCUGGAUGAGCUCUUUGGGCAAAAAGAGGCUGACAAGCCCGACCGGGUCAGCGGCUUCCGGCGUAGUUUACGGCAGUGCGGGUCUCCACAAGAGACGAGUGUGGACAAAGUUACGCUGCUUGAUUCAAAACGCAGCAUGAAUGUUGGGAUAUUUCUGCGGCAGUUGAAAAUUGCUGCUAGGGAGAUUGUGGAGGAUGUGAGACGAGGGGUCGGAGAGCGUUACGGAGCCGAGAAACUGGCAGAACUCUGCAAGCUGCUGCCUGAUAAUGAAGAGGAGGCCAGAUUGAAAAAGUUCAGCGGUGACCGUAGUUUACUGGCAGAGCCGGAUCUCUUCAUUCUCUCGCUGGUGGAGUUACCCAGCUUUCGCAUGCGUCUGGACGUCAUGAUCCUCCAGCAGGAGUUUGACCCUGCGGUGACCUCUCUCUGUGUGGCGGCCAGAUGUCUGCGGGAGGCGGCUCGAGAGCUGCUGAGCUGCCCGGAGCUGCACUACAUCCUACGACUGGUGCUCAAGGCGGGAAACUACAUGAACGCCGGAGGUUAUGCUGGGAAUGCUGCAGGAUUCAGGAUUUCCUCUUUACUCAAAUUGGCCGACACCAAAGCCAACAAACCAGGCAUGAACCUCCUCCAUUUUGUCGGCAUGGAGGCUGUGAAGAAGGAUAAAGACUUGCUGAUGUUUCCCAGCCGCUUGAGUCACGUCGGUCCAGCUUCAAGGCUGUCAGAAGAGUCUGUGGUGGAGGAUCUUUCUCGACUACGAAGCAGAGUCGCUGAACUCCGAGUCAGAGCUCAGGCUGAUGCUGAAAUCGAGCAGCAGACCAGAGCAUUUCUAGAGGUUGUGGGAGUGAGGCUGCAGGAAGCUCGGGAUGAGCUGGAAAGCUUACAGAGGACCAGUAAGGCACUUGUGGAUUUCUUCUGUGAAGAUGACAAGUCCUUUAAACUGGAGGAGGCCUGUUAUAUCUUCCAUUGCUUCUGCCAUCGUUUCCAAAGAGCCGUGCUGGAGAACACAGAGAGGGAAUUACAAGAGCAGCGGCGUUUGGCACGUGAGCGUGAGAAUGUGGAAAGGCGUCGAUCUCUGGCUCUGUGCACCGGACUGGAAGUGGAGUGGGAGUCUUCUGAGCUGGAGCACGCGCUGCAGAGGAGCUUGAGUUACACGGGGAGCCGCCGCAGCCUGCGCAGGCUCUCGCAGUACUUCCUCCGCUCCGGCGAGAGAAAUAUGAAAUCUAAUAACCAACAGCACUGCGAAUCAGAGGGUGGAAACCGUCAUGUUCUCAAUCUCUGCAGAGAAUCAGAGCUUAGGCAUUCACUACAGAAGAGUGAUGCAGACUCCGAGGCAACUAAACAAGGGAUAAAUAAGUUCAAACAAGUUCUGCGUUUAAGCACAGAUUCGACGUGUGACCUGCAACGAGAUGCAAUGGCUUCCUCAAACGCUGUGAAAAGCCAUUCUAGGUUGAAUACAAGGACAGUCCCCAGCGAUAACACUUUUGUUGCUUUGGGAAAAACAAGUAUCACGUCACAUCAGCAGGGGGCAGUGAAUGUCUUGCCGCUCACAGGACUAUCCCCUAACAAAGUUUUGAAAGUUGAGAAACUGGUUCAAGACGCCUCUGAAAGGCUGACGCAGAUAGAGACCGAUACCUCGGCGGAUGCUAAGAAUAAAGAGUGUGUAAAUGGCAAAGAGGGAGUAACACCACAGACAGAAGCCAAAACAGCCACUAGUCUGUUAGGAGAGACGUGGCCAAGUGCAUCUUCUCCUCCUCUAUCCCAGGAGCCCUGUAGCCCAGAAAGAGAGCACGUUUACCCGGGGAUUGGAGAGACGCUGGAGUGCCACACCCUAGUGAGUGCCCUACGCUCCUACGAGAGCCUUUCUCCAACCGUGACGCGGCCGACCACCAAUCACUGCUCCAAAUGGAAGAAAGAGCGGGAAGCCGAGGAGCGAGAUGGUGCAAACUCACUGCAUGCCAAGGAUGAUUCCCGUCUGGUAAAGACACCUACUCGAGGACCAACCAAAAGACUGCUGGUACAACGGGGAGGGCCCUCCAACAGCAGCGGGAUCCCAAGCGUGCGCACAAAGGCAGAACUAACUCCUGCCGACGGCUUGUCAGCUAGUGAGGUGUCGCGUCCUUCCCCUACACACCCCAAGUCCAUUCACACACCGCUAGCGACGCGCUUCGCUGGCGUUCAAAAUGAACUGAAACGCAGCGGUAGUGCACCCCAGAAGCUAAAUGCACCAUGUGAUACGGGGAAACAAAAAGGUAACGCUACUGAGAAGUUGAACCAGCAUAAGGACAAGCAUCGUGAGCAGUUUGUAAGGGGCUCGCCACUUCGUGUGUCCAAACGGCUUGCGCCCAACUCUGAAUACCAGACUCUCCACACCAUACACUCUCCCACCGCUGCUACAACUGCAAAGACAAUCCGAACAGCCAUCAUAAGUGCAGCCAAAGCCAAGACAACCAAGACCCCAGGCACCAGAAUCCCAGGGCCUAAAAUUCCCAAACCGGCUGCCCAACCCAUGUGGAGAUAAUAUCUGGUACUCGGAGUAGCAGCUUGAUGAUGUUAUCUCUGCGUUUAUUAUGACAUGUCGUAAACUAAUUUAAUACACGAGAAGGACUUUAGUUGCUGGAUGUCAAGGUUUUUUGUGUCAACGGUCAACUCAACCUGCAGAAUGCCAGUAAAUAAAGGAGCCAUUCAUUGGGUCUGCCCAGAAUUGACCGUGUGCAGGGAACUGUAAUGGAUCCGAGCCGAAUGACUGCUACUUUCAGAGCUCUUCGCUGAUUCAGGUCACCGCGAGUUUCCCAUUUCAGGACUUUGAUGGAAACUGUCAGGAGAGUCUCGUCCAG